UAUGUGUUAGCCCUAUACAUCAUGAUUACAUUAUAUUAGGUUAGAUUAGUUAUAGUAUAUUGUCAUUAUUAAUUACAUCAGUUAUAUUAUUUUGUUAUAUUAAUAGUUAGAGAAGAUUGGCUAGUUGGAUUGUUUUGGAUUUGGACUGGACUGCUUGUUGAUUUGAAUUGCCCUUUUGGAUUUGUUUGCUUGAUCUCCUUUUUCAUUAUCAGAAUCAGAAAGAGCUUUAUUGCCAAGUAUGUUUGCACAUACAAGGAAUUUGUUUUGGUGACAGGAGCAUCCAGAGGGGUAUUGCACAAAACCAAGAUAAGGGAUUAAGCCGGGAUAUGUUGGUUAUCCUGGCUGAAUUUAGCCUCAAGUCGGUUGCAUGAAAGCAGCUCAAACUUAACCCGGCCAAGUUACUAUGGUGAUUUAUUCUCUGCAGCUAGCCUGCUCCAGACCAGGCUAACAGCCAGGCUAAAAUUAAUCCUAGUGAUUCACCUCUAUUUCCACCGUCAAUCCAUGUCCAUGGUCUUUCUAAGUAUGUUGCAUCAUUUUAAUUAUCCUGUAUUAAAAUAUUACAUAUAUAGUCAUUUCUCAUUUCAUUUAAAUCUGUUGGCUGUUUGUAAUUGCAACAGUCUUUUUAUAUUGAUUCAAGUGGUAGUAUUAUUACUCAGGCCAAGUGUUAUAUUGCUAUGCUAAUGAAGACUGCUUGUCAAAUUGCCAUCAGAGGUUUCAUAAAUAUGUGUUUUAUUGCAGUAAUUGAGAUUACAAAACACAGCUGAUGAAGUUGCAAAGGUGUUUUCUAUGAAAUCUGUGAUGAGGGCAAUAUAGUAUAUAUAGGUCCAACUCCCAUUCACCUGUUCCCUAUUCAUAAUGGCUUGCCCUUUUUUGGAGGAUGUACUGGAUGAGGAAGCCCUAAUCCUCAGACGAGCAUUUAGGCAUGAAAGAGUCUGCCAGGACAGGUCAGACCCAUUGGUCUUUGGAGAUGACUAUCUCAUUGAGAGAUACAGAUUCUCAGGUGAUGGACUAAGAUAUUUAUGUAGGCUGCUGGGUCCAAAAAUACAGCACCAGACGGCACGAAGCCAUGCUCUCACUGUACCACAGAUGGUCUGUGUUACAUUGAGAUGGUUUGCAAGUGGGAGCUUCCUUUAUUCUGUUGGGGAUGCAGAGAACCUCAAUAAAGGAACCAUUUGCUGCACAAUAAGACGCGUUUGUCUGGCGCUGAAGUCAUUCAGCAACAUAUUUAUCACCUUCCCUGGCCACAGAAGACCCCUCUACAUCAAGGAGGAGUUAUACAAGAUUGCAGCUUUCCCUAACAUCAUUGGUGCAGUGGAUUGCACACACAUAAGGAUCAAACGCCCCUCAGGAGAACAUGAGGGAGAUUACGUUAACAGGAAAUCCUUCCACAGCAUCAAUGUUCAGGUAAGAGUGAUUUGUGGUUAUUAUGACCUACAUAAAUUAAUUCUGUGCAUUUAAUGACCUUAAUGAAUAGGUUACAACUUAACAUUUCAGAUGAUCUGUGAUGCUGACUGCCUUGUCAACAAUUUAGAGGCAAAGUGGCCUGGCUCAGUGCAUGACUCCAGAGUCUUUCGGGCUAGUCCAAUUUACGAGAGACUUUCACAAGGUAAGCCACACAUUUUAUUUGUACUGUACGCACCUUGGACAUCAUGAGUGUUUA